AUGGUGUUACUAGGAAGUUCUCAUAGCUCAAAGCUUGCAAAUUUGAUGAAGUUGGGUAUUCAUCUAUCAGAUGAGGAUCACGCUGACGAGAUGCAUCAGUUUAAUUUAACUACCGUACACGCUGCUACGAAAAGGUCGCAAUGGGACUUGAAGGCCAUCAAUGUUUUGUUAGAUGAUGAUAUGAACCCUAAGAUUGAAUUGUCGGGACAUAGCUUGUUUUCAAACAAGGCUGAUGUUUACAGCUUUGGUAUUCUAAUGCUAGAAAUAAUAAGUGGUAAAAGAAACAGGGGAUUCUAUCAUUACCUGGACUGUGGCCAAAUCCUUGUCACAUAUGCAUGGAUGGUAUGGAACGAAGGCAGAGGACGCAAGUUGAUCGAUCCGAACAUGGCCGACGAUUGUCCGGUUUCGGAGGUUGUGAGAUGGGUACACAUUGCCUUGUUGUGUGUUGAGGAUGACCCUGCAGGGAGGCCUACAAUGUCAUCGGUUAUUCUCAUUCUGGGGAGCAAAUCAAUCAGUUUCCCUCCGCGAUCAACACCUCCAUGUUCUGCUGCGAGAUUUGUUUUGAUGUCGUCAAUCUUCGAGUAUCGGGACCGGGACACGGUUUCUUGCAUCUCAUCGUUUUCUAUUCGAGUUGGACCAAGAAAGUCAAAUAGUUGCGUGCAGUUGUCCACUUUCUCACGGGCCGCCGGUCAAAGCGAAGCGCCAACCGUGGAAGCAAUGGCUCGUCUCCUUUGCCACAAACCCGGAGCCUUGCCUUUAUGCUUCAUCACCAUCCUUGUGCUUAUAAACUUCACCAGUUCCCAGUUGUUCGAUUACUAUUGCUUAGGACCGGAUAACGAGACGGCAACCGCCGAUUACAGAUCGAAUGUAGCGACUCUUAUGGAUUCUAUGGCCGCUAGAGCUUCCGAAAACACCUUCUAUAACGGUAGCUUUAAUGGAGUCUACAGUCUCUUCCUUUGCCGAGGCGAUGUUACCCGCGAUGUUUGUCGGACUUGUAUGAACAAUAUUACUCAACUGAUCCAACGAAACUGUCCCAAUGACAGAAGAGCAAUCAUGUGGUUCGAACUAUGCAUGGUAAGAUAUUCGGACAUCAAUUUCUUCGGACAAGCUACGCUCGAACCAUUCAAUUUAAGGUGGAAUCCUGAGAACACCACUUCACCUCCCGAAGGAGAUAUCGGUACCCGAGGCUUUGUUUACUCUCUAGUCGAACAAGCUAUAUUCGCUGCGAAUAUGUCAACCGAAGGCGGAUUGGAUGCGCGAGAUGGAUCGGGGCGUCGAUAUGGCAGAGCACAGUGCAGCAGAGAUCUUACUGUUACUUCUUGUUCUACUUGUUUGAGAUAUUUGUUAAACCGAACCGAGGCUUGUUGCAUGGACAGAACAGGGUGGCAAGUUCUGACUCCGACUUGUUAUUUGAGGUUUGACAUGAAUCCGAUAUCCGAUCAGCCACCGGCUCCCCCAUCGGAGAACCAAGGAAAGGGGGGCAAUAGCACAAGAAGGAUCAUAAUAAUCAUCGUAUCAUCAUUAGCAGGAGUUUUUGUCGUUGCAGUUCUAGUUGGUUUCCUGUAUCAGAGAAGACGACGUCGUUUUAAAGAUGAAGAAACUAGAGAAAAGGUUUUACUAGGAAGGUCUCGUUCCUCAAAGACUCCAGAUUUGAUGGAGUUGGGUAUUAAUCUGUCGGAUGAGGAUCACGACGACGAGAUGCUUCAGUUUGAUUUAGCUACCAUACAUGCUGCAACGAACGACUUCUCCGAGGAAAACAAGCUGGGAGAAGGCGGUUUCGGCCCUGUUUACAAGGGGAAAAUGGUCAAUGGGAAGGUCAUAGCAGUUAAAAGGCUUUCCAUGAGAUCAAGGCAGGGUCUCGGAGAGUUCAAGAAUGAAGUGAAAUUAAUCGUUAAGCUUCAACAUAAAAAUCUCGUGAGGCUAUUGGGAUAUUGCUUGGAGAAAGACGAAAUGCUUCUUGUCUACGAAUUCAUGGCUAACACCAGCUUGGACACCUUCCUUUUCGAUCCAGAGAAAAGCAAGGCAGUGCUAGACUGGGAGAAACGCGCCAACAUCAUUAUCGGAACGGCAAGGGGGCUCCAAUAUCUACAUGAGGAUUCUCGACUUAAAAUAAUCCAUAGGGACUUGAAGGCCAGCAAUGUUUUGUUAGAUGAUGACAUGAACCCUAAAAUAUCAGACUUUGGCACUGCAAGAAUAGUUGGAGGCAACCGACUCGAAGCCAACACGGUUCAUGUCGUCGGCACGUACGGAUACAUGGCACCGGAAUAUGCACUAGAAGGCUUGUUUUCAAACAAGACUGAUGUUUACAGCUUCGGUAUCCUAAUGCUAGAAAUAAUAAGUGGUAAAAGAAACAGGGGAUUCUACCAUUACCUGGACGGUGGCCAAAUCCUUGUCACAUAUGCUUGGAUGGUUUGGAACGAAGGCAGAGGAGAUGAGUUGAUCGACCCGAACAUCGCCGACGAUUGUCCGGUUUCAGAGAUUGUGAGAUGGAUACAUAUUGCAUUGUUGUGUGUUCAGGAUGACCCUGCAGUGAGGCCUACAAUGUCGUCGGUUAUUCUCAUGCUCGGAAGUAAAUCAAUCAAUCUCCCUCAGCCAUCCACGCUUCCCUAUUCGGCAGCAAGAUUCGUUACAAUGUCGGAUCAAUCUUUGAGUAUCGGGACCGGGACAGGGUUUCUUACAUCCGAUCAGUCUAUAACCUCCGGAUCUUCCUUGCUAGAGCGGAGCAAAAACAGAGAAAUCCAAUUCUAA